AUGGAUCCCUUGCGAUUGCGUCCUUCAAGAUACCCAGCCGAAAUGUCAGAAAAGCUCUUAACAGCGAUCCGUCAGCAUAAUCCAUUAGCAGUUUGGAAGGCCUAUCAAGAUAUAUGUGAUAAAAACAAUCUCAGUAAACUUCCAGCAGAGUAUCAUUCAAUGGCAUUACAAGCGUUCCAAUUAAAAAGGCUUAAAGCAUACGGUCCAAAAGUCAUCAAGUUUUAUCGUAAAUGCUUAUUACAUAUUCUCGAAAAUAUGAAAGCUCAAGAACAUAAGCUCAACGUUCGCGAUUAUAAUCUAUUUCUAGAUUUUUAUGGACGAUCUCAUGAUUGGAAUUCGGCAGUAAAUUGCUGGAAAGAAUUAAAUAAGGAACAACAACCUAAUGAAUAUAGUUAUAAUUUAUAUUUAUUUGCUGCUCUUCAGUGUAAGAAAUAUGAAGAGGUAUUCAGGAUAUUUAAUAAGAUGAAAGAGUCAAAAAUAAAGCCAAAUGAAAGUACAUGUAAUAUCAUGAUUGAAGCUCAUGGAUGUUUAGGACAUGUUCAAGAUGCUGAUCAAAUUUUUAGUACCUAUUUUCUUCCAAAACAACCGAAACAGGCUUCUUUGAUGUCCAGUUUACUUCAUCCUGAGCUGUCUACAGUCGAACGUCCUAGCUUUACUUCACUUAUGGCACCCAUUGCCCGCUCUCUACCUCCUCCUAAAAUGACUGAUACCAACACAAUUCCAGCCCAGUUCAAACCUAAUAGGGACACAUUCAUUGCCCUGAUCAAUGCUCAUGGUCGGAAUAAGAAUGUAGCAGGACUGUCUUAUAUUUAUAACACAAUGCUGCCCAAAUAUGAAAUCGAGCCUGAUUUAAAAAUCUAUAAUACCUUAAUCGAAUGGUUUUGUUUUAAUGGAGAUAUAGAAUUGGCAAGGAGGAUGUUUGUUAAUAUGGGAAAAGCCGAUGUUCAGCCAAAUGCUGUGACUUUUCAACAUCUCUUUCGACAUGAAGCAAUUAAACGAAAGAGGCCCAAGGCGGCUGAAGACCUAAUAAAUUUCAUGAAGAAUGAAUACGGUAUACGUCCCUUACUAUCAAUGUAUCAAACUUUGAUCAAAAUUCAUAAUAAGUCUAACCGUGAAGAUGAGGCUAAACGAUUACAUAAGGAAUAUAUUGAGCUUAAACAUAAGCUUUCCUCACCUGCUCAUUCUUCAAAUAAUUAA